CGCAAAGCGGAAGUUGUCACAACUGUCCGCCUUAAAGAAGUUUAAUGUUGCUGCGGAGAGUAGACCAGCUGCUGAAAAAGUAACGUUAUUGAUUAAACGUUUUGUUAGUGAUUAAUUUUGACGUAUGUAAUAAUAAUAACAAUAAUAACUCAACGAAUUAGCAUCGUACUUAGCGGCUUCAAAGUGGACAACCCCGAAGAAGUCACACUGGAAUGUUGUGCGGUCAGCUAAUGUUAGCAAGUGUAGCUAAACCGUUAACUUAGAUUGUAACGUUAACGCUACUGUCUCGCUACUCAGGAAUUAACGUUAAAUUCACGUUAGGUUAUUCUUCUAACUUGCUGACUAGCUAGUUUCUGGAUUAACGCCCACUUUAAAUGGAUGAGCACAAGGAGAACAUUCACGCCGAGGACGUCAAUGUGAAGAUGUCGAACACAAGAGAAAAGGCAGAAAAGGCAAAGCCUUGCAGCAGGAUAUGUCCUGAUGAAGAAUCUGCUCCUCAGGAGUCCCCGUCUCAGUCUAACAGCGACUUCAGUCAUCCGGUGUAUAAAGAGAUCGCUCUGGCUAAUGGACACAUCAACCGCAUGUCCAAGGAGGAGCUUCGGAUCAAGUUAGCAGAGCUGCAGCUUGACACAAGAGGUGUAAAGGAUGUGAUGAAGAAGAGGUUGAAGAGCCACUAUAAGAAGCAGAAGCUUCUGCAGUCUGCAUCUGAGGGAGGACCCACUGACACCUACUAUGACUACAUCUGCGUGGUGGACUUUGAAGCAACAUGUGAAGAGGAUAAUCCCUCAGACUUCCAUCAUGAAAUCAUUGAGUUCCCCAUGGUUCUUAUCAACACGCACACCUUAGAAAUUCAGGUGGACUCCUUUCAGGCAUAUGUGAAACCAGAGUUGAACCCACAGCUUUCAGACUUUUGUGUGAAGUUAACCGGAAUAACACAGAAAAUGGUGGAUGAAGCAGAGCUGUUUCCAGCAGUACUUCAGCGGGUUGUCGCUUGGCUUCAGGAGAGGGAGCUCGGGACAACAUACAAAUACGCCAUCCUAACUGACGGGGCCUGGGAUAUGAGCAAGUUCCUCAACAUCCAGUGUCGGCUUAGCCGGAUCAGAUAUCCUCAGUUUGCAAAGAAGUGGAUCAACAUCAGGAAAUCAUACGGGAACUUCUACAAGGUCCCCCGCACACAGACGAAGCUGAGCACCAUGCUGGAGAAGUUGGGUCUGAAGUAUGAAGGCCGUCCUCACUCUGGGCUCGACGAUUCACGCAACAUCGCCAGGAUAGCUCUGCGCAUGCUGCAGGACGGGUGUCAGCUGCGCGUCAACGAACGCAUCCACGCCGGCCAGCUGCUCUCCGUUCCCAGCUCAGCUCCUGUGGAAGGAGCUCCUGCACCACACAACCCCCGCAGCAGGGACUAGACCUGGGAACUCUUUACCCCUGAGUUGCAGAAAAGGAAAAAGAUCCAGAGCACUUUUAUGGUCUUCAUGUCAAGUUGUAACUUUUUGUUUUGGAGCAUAAAAGCUAUAGGUGGUAAAGAGUAUAAAUGGGGUCAACAUUUUCAUAUGUGAGGGUUCCUCUCAGACCAUAACUCCAUUUAUUUUUACACCAGAUGUCUAAACACGGAGAUCAUUCCAGUGUGUUGUGGGAGGAUUUCCCCCCUUUCAGUGUUGUCACCCUUCCUUAUCAAGCUGCUAAUAUUCAACAAACAACCUGGUGAAAAUGCUAAUUUCAGUUAUCCCAUGAUGGUGGGAAUAUUUGUUUUUAUUUCAGGUUUUGCUUCCAAGAAUACAACUCAAUACCCCACAUCUGUCACCAUUGGGCAAAUAUAUCCCACAAAUCCAUACAAAUGUUGCUGCUGCUAGUGCUGUGCUGUUUGAAGUGCUACAUAAUAACAGAGCCAUAACAUCUAACUGGUAUAUAAUGAGAAUGUUGUCUUUCAUUAUACAAAUACAGCACAUGUAUUCAUUUGACAAAUUGAUGGACAGUUGAAUACAUUUAAGUCUUAUCUGUUGUAACUACUGUAAAAGUUCAGCCUUUGUUGUAGGAGUCAUCUUUUGUAAUAUUGAAUUAUUUUUUAUUUCAUGGAGGAUGCUCUAUUUUAACAGGAACAAAUAUUCUUAUGAAUGCCAAAUAAUGCAAAUAAAUAUGUUCUUGUAGAUAAA